AUGUUAAUGUCUGGAGCCUAUUUACAUUAUAAUUUUGACAGUGAAUAUAUGACAAAUUCUAUCCAAACACUAAUUGAAGAAAUCAGAUUUAUUACUUUACAAGUAUAUAAUGAAAGAUUAAUUGAACACAGAUAUGAUUUCACUAAUAGUUCCAUAAAG